GACGCAGAGCGCUCUGAAAGGGGACAAGGGACAGAAACCACUUCGAGGCGGUCUUAGAGCGAGCGCUCAGAGACGGGCUUCAUGGUGCAGAUCAAAGCCUGUCGUGGUGAAAGAGAUUCGGGGCCGAGGCGGCCUCUGCCUUGAAGUGCAGUGACACUGCCCAGAGGAGUCACAUGGACAGGAAGCCGUCCCCCCGGAAAGGCCCGCAUCUCUGCUCCUUGCGCUGCGGACUGGCCGUGGUCAUGCACCUGUCGAACCUCGCCAUGAUCACGCAGCGGGUGAGUCUGAGCAUCGCGGUCAUCGCCAUGGUCAACGGCACACAGCAGCCUGCUGCAGCCAACGCCUCCACAGACAGGCCUCACGCUGAAGCGCUCCAGGACCCCGGGGGGCCCCUCCAGGAGCUCGGCGCUGGGAGCUCUGUGUACGCAUGGAGCCCUGAGACCCAGGGCAUUAUCUUCAGCUCCAUCAGCUACGGGCUCAUCCUGACCCUGGUCCCGAGCGGAUACCUGGCAGGGAUAUUCGGAGCGAAGCGGAUGCUGGGAGCCGGGUUGCUCGUCUCCUCCCUGCUCACCCUCUUCACACCGUGGGCCGCCGACCUCGGAGUGACUUUGCUGGUUGUGGUGCGGACCAUCCAGGGCAUGGCCCAGGGAAUGGCAUGGACAGGUCAGUUUACCAUCUGGGCGAAAUGGGCCCCCCCACUGGAACGAAGCAGGCUCACCAGCAUCGCGGGGUCAGGGGCAGCGUGCGGGUCCUUCAUCAUCCUCUGUGUGGGGGGACUCAUCUCACAGGCCUUGGGCUGGCGUUUCAUCUUCUACAUCUUCGGUGGCAUCGGCUGUGUGUGCUGUCUCCUGUGGUUCACGGUGAUUUACGAUGACCCCGUGCGUCACCCGUGCAUAAGUGUCAGGGAAAGGGAUCACAUCGUGUCCUCGCUGGCUCAGCAGCCCACUUCCUGUCGACGGUCGGUCCCCAUAAAGGCCAUGGUCCGCUGCCUGCCGCUGUGGGCCAUUUUCUCAGGGUUUUUCAGCCACUUCUGGUUGUGCACCAUCAUCAUCACGUACCUGCCGACCUACAUCCAUUCCGUGCUGCACGUCAACAUCAGACAGAGCGGGGUCCUGUCCUCCCUGCCCUUUGUUGCUGCCUUGACGUGUACGAUUCUGGGGGGUCAGCUGGCCGAUUUCCUUCUGUCCAGGAAUCUUCUCAGACUGGUCACCGUGCGGAAACUCUUCUCAUCCCUGGGGCUGCUCCUCCCGUCGCUCUGUGCCGUGGCCCUGCCCUUCGUGGCUUCCAGUUACGUGACAACCAUUGUUUUGCUGAUACUUAUCCCUGGGACCAGCAACCUGUGUGACUCGGGCUUCAUCGUCAACAGCUUAGAUGUCGCCCCCAGGUACGCCAGCUUCCUCAUGGGCAUCUCGCGGGGAUUCGGGCUCGUCGCGGGGAUCAUCUCCUCCACCACCACCGGCUUCCUCAUCAGCCAGGAUUCGGUGUUGGGAUGGAGGAACGUCUUUUUCCUGUCCGCUGGCGUCAACAUGUUGGGCCUGCUUUUUUACCUCGAGUUCGGGCAGGCGGAAAUCCAGGACUGGGCCAAAGACAGGAGACUCACCCGCCUCUGAGGGCGCAGAGCAGCGAGCAGAGGCAGAACCGACCAUCAACAUUUCCCUGUUUUCUCACUCGUUUGCAUUCUUUCUCCGUGUUCUCUGCCA